AUGGCUCCGGCCGUCGUCACCGGCCUGGCGCACCAAGCCCGCUCGUUCAUCUCCAGCAGGCGACUCUCGAGCCUCCCGGACACAGCAGACAUCACGGCCCGGUCAUUUGACUCGUCUGCCGGACCCCUCGCCGCUCGAUCCCUUCUCAUCGCCCGCGACAGCACCGGCUACAAGGAGGACCCUCACGUCGGAGUCACCGACCCCCAGAACAUCAAUAACACAGCCAUCUUCGUCAUCUUCGGCCUGAUUGGUGCCGCCAUCGUCAUCACGGGCAUCUGGUUUUUCUUCUGGGCCAGGAACGGCGGCUUCUACUUCAAGGAGAAUGACUGGGACGAGUACAAGUCGACGGUUCUGCGCCGCAGAGGACCCAACGGAACGCUCCUGUCCGGAGCCACGCCUACAACACAGCUCGGCGGCGGCAGUGUGUACAAGGACUAUGACGACAACACAACCAGCAUCUCGGGAACCACACUAUCAGGCAUCACGGCCGGGGCAAGUGACAUUCUCGCCCGCGAGAAGCGCGAGCGGAAGCGCGAGAAGAGACGCAAGGAGAAGGAGGCCCGCCACAAGGAGAAGCGCUCCGCCCACAAGAACUACGAUGAGACCGGCGUCCUGAUCGACGAGGAGGCAGAGCGCGAGGCCAAGAAGCACUUGCGGUCGUACCGGCACGAGAAGCCUGCCCGCGUUGGCGGUCUUAACAAAGAAUCUGAGGCGUCAGAGUGGGACGGCUCAACCAACCCUACCGAAUCGUCCGUCUCGACGAACCUGCUCUCCGCCCGUGAAACCACGCCAACUUCGACGCCGCCCAAGAGCAAGACGGGCGGCAUCCGCAAGGUAUACAGCACGGCGGACCGCAACGAGGAGCGCGAGCGCCAGCGCAUCCGCGCCGAGGCCAAGAAGCUCCAGGAGAAGGGCCGCGCCGCGGGCAGCUCGAGACGCGACUUUAGCUUCCAGCGCGCGAGCACCGUGGCCGAGGACCAGAACACCCGCGGCUACGCCUUGCCACCGCCUCAGGAAGAGCCGGAGCCGAGCAUGCCCGGCAGCUGGGCCGAGAGCGACAUCACAAGUGCAGUAGAAAGCGACAUGGGCCACAAGUCGUACCACCACGUUAUCCCCGGUCUGAGCAGCCAAAGCGCCGUCAGCAGCGAGUACGCGGAUGAGAGGCGGAAAAGAAGAAAGGAGGGAUAUCGCCGCAACCGCGACCACUGA